UCCCGUGACCGUACGCCCCGCCCGGAGUCGCCGCGGUCAUGCAGUCCCCGGCGGUGCUCGUCACCUCCAGGCGAGUUCAGAAUGUCCACACGGGCCUCGACCUGACCGUGCCCCAGCACCAGGAGGUGCGGGGCAAGAUGAUGUCAGGCCACGUGGAGUACCAGAUCCUGGUGGUUACCCGGCUGGCUGCAUUCAAGUCGGCUAAGCACAGGCCCGAGGAUGUCGUCCAGUUCUUGGUCUCGAAAAAGUACAGUGAGAUUGAGGAGUUCUACCAGAAACUGAGCAGUCGUUACCCCACGUCCAGCCUUCCCCCGCUCCCCAAGAAGGUCCUGUUCGUUGGGGAGUCCGACAUCCGGGAAAGAAGAGCCGUGUUCAAUGAGAUUCUGCGCUGUGUCUCGAAGGACGCCGAGUUGGCAGGAAGCCCAGAGCUGUUAGAAUUCUUAGGCACCAGAUCCCCAGGGUCUGCGGACCUCACCAGCAGAGAUGUCUCUGUCCUGGAUUCACACAGCCAGGCCCAGGAUGACGGGGAGGCUUUCGACUUCUUUGAGCAGCAGGACCGAGCGGAGGCUGAGGGUCUGCCCAUCCCAGGCCAGAAGGGCGAGGAUGCAAGAAACUCCUCCGAGGACGAAGAGGAGGAGGCACUGGACCCUCUGGGCAUCAUGCGCUCUAAGAAGUCCAAGAAACGCCCCGAAGUGGCUGUGAAGCCUAAACCCUCACCCCGACUCACCAUUUUUGAUGAGGAGGUGGACCCUGAUGAGGGGCUUUUCGGCCCAAGCAUGAAGCUCUCCCCGCAGCGCCCCGCAGAGGACGUGCCCCUCCAGGACCCCCUGAAGUUGUUUGAAGAUCCUGACCUUGGCGGUGCCGUCCCUCUGGAUGACCCCUUACUGCUGCCUGCCGCCCAUGAGAGUGGAGGGCCCAUGUCCCACGCGGAGCUGUUCAGAGUUGAAGAGGACUUGGACCAGCUUCUGAACCUGGGGGCUGAGCCCACCCCCAAGCCCCAGCCUGAGCCCAAAGCACCAGUGGCAGCUAGGCCAGCACUUCCCAGAAAGCCAGCUGUCCCCCCCCGAGUGGGCCUGUCGGAGGCUGUGGUGGGGCAGCGGAAGCAGCAACAGAUUCAAGCCAUGGACGAGAUGGACAUCUUACAGUAUAUCCGGGACCACGAUGCGCCCGGCCGGGCUGCCCCCAGCCUCUUCUGA